AUGUCCACCAACUCUAAAACCCGAUUAAUAGCACUGUGGAAGAAUUUCGUGUAUGGCAGAAGCAGCACUUCCAAGUACGAGCGGCGGCUCACACAGACGCGGAGGGCCCGAGGGGGCGACCGGGAGCUGACAGAGACGGAAAACCGACGCGAGCGGCAGGCGCCCCGUCGAGACGACCGCUCGAGUCGGACCUCCCCACACGGCCCACCCCUGCCCCACACGCAAACAGGGGAAGGGGCGACGCCGGAGCCAACCGAGGACACCGGCCCUCAGACCGCGGGUGAAACGGGCUCGGACAGACACGCGGCCGUGCUGUCGCGCGGGAGGAAGCCACCGCCCCGCUUUACAGGACCGUGUCAGCGCAACCAGGGGACACCGUCCGACACUCCCCCGCGUCCGACGACCGCGGUCCUUCCUGCGGCUCGGGAUUUCGCUCCCGUCUCAGCCCCGCCGGUUCCUAAGAGAAGCUGCCGCCGCCGCCCGGUUCACUCGGCUCCGGCGACGAGCGAGAAGGGCCCCGCGCCCCGCCUCGGAACUAACGGGCUUCAGAACUGGCCCGCGUUAGACGGUGUGGCCGGCGCUCUCGGGUCGGGGGCCCCAAGACGGCCCCUCUGGGCGGUGAGGCGCCUCGAUUCGGAGUUUCCUUCGUGCACAAGGACAGAGCAUUUUGCUUGUCAAUCCCCGUCCGACUCCGCCGACGGCGCGGCCUCACCUCUGCCGACCCCCCUUGGAGGAUCACCACCGGAGCUGCAGGGGUCCUCAUGCACGGGGGUCUCCGAGAGGCCCCGGACAGGGCGCCGAGUACCCGGCAACGCCUGUUCAACCCAACCGCGUCCGACUUUUCUCUCUGAUGCGACCACGUCCUCGCCCGAAGCUCAAGAAGUGGAGAUCCGGGCCGACCUGUCGUCCGGGCAGCCCCGCCCCGUCUCCCACCCGCCGCACCACAGCUGCCCCGGCCGCGCUCGCCCGCGCGCAUCCCUCACCCCACCCGCCGGCUCUCGGGCCCUGAGGGAAGCCGCGCCCUCCGCACUGGGGGUUCCGGCCGCUCCAGGCAGCCGCAGACGGACAGCUCGGCUCCGCGCUCCGGCCCUGCGGCCCCGCGUACCCCCCCUCGCAGCGCCCGCCGCGGGGGCCGCUUCCGGGAAGAAGCCCGCGGGGCCGGGCGCGGGCCGGGGUCUCAGCACCCGCACUGCGCGAGCUCGGCAGGCGCCGGCCCAGGCCGAGGAGCCUCCCUUCACGGCGAGUCUCCACCGCCCGCAAGCGAGGCGGAGGCAGGAUGGGAGCGGCUCCCGCCCGCGCCGUUUCGUGCGGGUUUAG